AAAUUUCACUGCUUAUAUACUCUAAUCAAAUUUUCCACAUAAGUUAUCUAACUGUUUUACUCAUUCAUAAACACAGAUUGCUUUCUGUACGGGAUAAUAACUCCGAGAGGCUGACUCAAACCAUCUCUCAACAAAGUUACUUAGUCUCGGAUGAGUUGGAGAAGGGCAUUGUUCAAGUUAAAACAAUUAGCCAAUUAGUGGAGUCCAUGCAAGAAGGUCCUUGUUGGAUUGUCGCAAGUAUUGAAAAUUUAGAACUUGAAAAAGGAUGGUCGUACGUCAGCUGCAAGAAGUGUCAAAAGAAGGUGGAUAAAUUAGGAAACAUUUAUCAAUGCCCAAACCCCAAAUGUAAACAUGAAGAUUACUCAGCAGUUAUUAGGUACAAGCUUCAGGUUAGGGUACUGGAUACUACUGGAUCUGUUUCUCUAUUGCUCUAGGACCGUGAAACCAUGUUUCUCAUAGGCAAAUCCGCAAAAGAAUUGAAGGAAGGGUUUCUUGAGAAUACUGGCGCUGUUGAGAAGUAUCCCUAUCCAGUAGAGCUGAACAAUAUUCUCCAAAGAAAAUUCAUGUUUAAGGUUAUUAUCAAGAGAGAGAACAUUCACCUGCAAAAGGAAGUUUACAGUGUUGUUAAGCUUACGGAUGAGGAGCAACUGAUAAACAAAUAUAGUUCUGAUCAACCUUCAGAUGACUUAACUGAACCUGACUUCAAUAAUAAUCAAGUCUUGGAUGGAGAGAAGGAAUGCGAGGAUUCCACUGAAGAUAACGACUUAACAGAUAUUGCACAUACACCAGCCAAGAUAGGUAUAACUAAUACCGCAACAAUGGUUGAAGAAGAUCCGAAUGCACAAUUGUCAGGAAAUAAAAUGAAGAGAGUAUUUAAGAAGAAGAAAACAACAUAAGGUGUUUGUGAAUCUUACCUUUGGAAAAAUCAAGAACUAUUAUAGAUAGAUUUAGUAUAUUAUUAGUACUGUUAUUAGUUAAGAAUAGUAUAUUUGAAUCAUUUCAUCUUAAUUGUC